AUGGCAGGAGGUGAUGUACAUGACAUUGGGGCAGACACUCCUGCAGACACAGGCGCACAGGCUGCUGAGGAUGAGCCUAAGGGAUUUCCGGGUGGUCCGAGGGACCCAUCUGUGCUAACCAAGUAUGCGAAUCACGUUGCAGGCAGUGUAUGGAUGGGAGAGGAGCUUCCUGAGUUAAAGCUAACCUCUCACGGGAGGAAGGUGCAUAGUUUAGGCAGGUCUGUCCCUGCCAUUGACGGGCUAGCUGCUGGGACAGGACUAAGUCCUCUAAUCGCGUGUUCGGUAGAGAUUGGCGAUCGGGGACUUUUGUCAUCGUUUGUCGAGCGGUGGCACCGGGAGACGUCUAGUUUCCAUCUCCCUACGGGAGAGAUGUUGGUGGACUUAUUGAUGGUCUCUGCAGAGGCUGCCAGGGCUGAGACAGGGCAGUGUCGUGGACCGUACGUAUGCCUACAAUGGGUAUGUGAUAUUUAUGAGCGCCGAUGCCAUGCAAGUCAUUGGACAGUUGCGGCUCGUGCGUAUCUUCUUCAUCUUCUGGGUUGGACUCUGUUUGCUAACAAGAGUGCAACCAAUGUUCAUGUUGUGCUUUUGGAGGCCCUUCGUGACCUCAGUCAGACCGGGAGGUGGAUUGCUACGAAGAAGAUCGUGAAGAGCAUAUGUACACCAGCGUAUAGGGAGCGCUUGGACCGACUCCGGAUUCCGGAUGGGCCCGUUGCUGUGUAUUACCGACCAAAGAGGGUCAUGCAGCUGUUUGGAUACACCCAGACUAUUCCUGCUCUGCCUGUCAAUUCAUGGGUGUCGUAUGAUGAUAUACACGAUAGGUGGAUGCACUAUUCGGAUCAUAUGGUUGCAGCAGGUGAGGCAUCAGAUCCUCUGCCAGAUGGUCAUGCUUUGCAGCCCCGAGUCAUCCCUCAGGUCCCAGAGACAAAUAUCCCUCACGUGCCAAAGCCAGGAGCACCAUCGAUAUCUGCGAGGCCCGCUGUGGAUGAGCCUGGACAUGCAGUGGAAGUUUGCUAUGGGAUUGCUGAGAGGUUGGAGCGCCAUCUGAGCCUAGGGGUGGUCAUGCCAGGCUCAUCGAAAUUUCACAGCCAAUUAACACAAAUGUAG